UUCGUAUGGGAUGCGCUUGCCAUGUAUGACUGGAUGCUAUAUCCGUUCACCUCACCUACGUUUCCGGUGAUUGAUUGGUUUUGAAAAACAGCGGUUGGAUGUUGUAUUUUCUGGUCGUUGGAAGUGGCCUGAGAGUUCAAGUUCCAGAUGCCCCGCGAACCACAAUGAAUACAGGAAAACAAUGCAGUGGCUCCUGCCACUUUACAGUUUCAAACAGCAGCAUCCGUCAAUCGACGGCAACUACGAUUAACAUAUGCACGCGCCACUGUUUACCCAACAAGGUACCAGGCAGUUGCCAUUCUCAUCAUGAUUUUUACCUCACAACUUCCUCAGUUCAGUUCUGUCGGUCUUUCUCCUCAAGAUAUGAAAGCCAUCAGCUGCAGAAAAGACUGCCGGACGGAGCAACCGACUCAGCACUUCAACUCAUCCGGAGAGUUGUGCCUAAACUUACUCGCUGUCAUCUGAUCAUCGCCCCAGGCAACACCCUACAACUAACCGCUCACCUUCGGUCAGCGUCCGAGGUGUGGGUUGGAAUUAUUAGGCGGCUGCCCCCAAACAAAGUGGAUGUCCACGAACAGGCUAAAUGGCUCGAAUCGGUCGGGAACCGGGUCAACUGCUCCCAGGCUCCAGUGGCGCUGCUGCUUCGCGGGAAACACACAGUCGGUCCGGGCGUGGUUCCCGCUAUCUUCACCACCGGCAUCGGAUCGCCUGCGUUUCUCGCCCCGGUUCUGACUGACCAGCCGCCCUCCAGGAGCAGUUGCAACAGCCGUCUACUACCGGAAUGCUGGACGCGUGAAACCAAGAGGGGAGCUCUGUGUACCGUUGCGGUUUGUGGAAGGCUGAUGGGCAGAGCGACUCAUGAGUGACGCUAUCCGGGCCCAGCGAUCCACAUUUUCUCCGACCGUCUGUGGGAUGCGCGAAGGUCCAUUUCACCCGCACAAAUGGGCGCUGUCCGGGAGGCCCAGUGGUCCCACUGCCUUGGCUCUGUGUCGAUGGACCCCAGCCUGCAACAUUACCCUUGGUAUACCUAUUCGGCGGGCGGGCUUGAGGGGCAGCUGGUCCAGCUAUCUCAGCCCUCACCUUUGACCAGUUAGAACCACGCGCCUAUUCUACGGCUACCGAAGCUGUGAGGUGUGGUCAAUGGUCAUGCAACCGUGGUUUGCCGCUGGCCCAUAGAGACCUUGGCGUCCAGCCUACUGCUCUUACU